AGCGUCUUGGCUGCAGUGUUUUUGUCUCUGUCAGUGAGCGCUCCUGGGCCGAGGCGGCUGAAAGGGUUUCCAGAGGACAGGUGCUGACUGUAAGAGUGCAAGAAAAGGAAGGGAGAGCAAGGAUCCUGGGGAGGAGAGAUCCCGUCCUUGCAGCGCACGCAGCUGGUGAGAGUUGGUGGAUGUUUGAAUAACAGCCACAGGCUCACGAUGGCUCAGGUGCUGCAUAUGGAGCCCGGCUUCCCAGGGAAGCUCAACCCGCCUGCAACUCCUUCCCUGCACGGCAAAGAGCAGGAGGCCUACUCAGUGGAGACCCCCUAUGGCUACCGUCUGGACCUAGACUUCCUCAAAUAUGUUAACGACAUAGAGAAGGGAAACACUAUCAAGAAGGUACCCGUCCACCGCCGUCCACGCUAUGGCUCCCUGCCCCGUGGCUAUGGCUACACCGGCUCCUGGUGGACCUCCACAGAGUCUCUGUGCUCCAACACCAGCACGGACAGCAAACACUCCUCCUUCUCCUACUGCGCCCCGGGAUACCACACAUCCCAGAGGCCCAACUUCAGCACCGCCCGGGUGGAGAAGACCCUUAUGGAUGCACGCAGGAAGCUGGAGGAGGAGAAAGAGGGGCGGAGAUUCUCCAACCUGGGAAGCAUGCACAGCAGCGUAGCGGGCUCCAACACCUCCAUCAGCAGUGCACACAGCUACAACAGAGCCCAUGGUGGAGGGGGAUCCUUCACCCCGAUGAGUUCUGGCCUGUCCACCCCAGUGACCCCCACACCAGCGCACCUGCAGCACGUCAGGGAGCAGAUGGCUGCGGCUCUCAGGAAGAUCAAGGAGCUGGAGGAGCAGGUGAAGACCAUCCCAGUGCUGCAGGUCAAAAUCUCCGUGCUGCAGGAGGAGAAACGGCAGCUCAGCGUCCAGCUGAAGAGCCAGAAGUACCUGGGUCACACUCUGAGUUUCAGCCGAGGCCGCCCCAGAGGAGAGCUCUACAUAGACAUCCCUGAAGAAGAUGUGAGCGUGGGGGCUAAGAGCAGCGACCAGCCAGCAGGGCCACUGUCCCCCACCUCACCCGAGGGCUCCAAGCUUCAAGACUCAGGAUGUGAGAUUGAGGACACAGUGAUUGUGAGUGGAGCUCGACCGGAUGCAAAGCGGGAAGUGCGCACCAUCGCAGUGGGACCAGAGGAGUUGAGGGGCAGCAGUGAGUUGGGAGUCGGGGUUCGGGAGGAGGAUCUGGGGCUGCUGCCAGAGACCCAGGCUCUUAGGAAUAAAGUGGGUCAGCUGGAGGGCCAGUUAAAGAGGACGGUGCAGGAGCUGCAGGAGGCGCGGCAGCAGGCCGCAGCAGUCCAGAGGGGCCCUCAGGCAGAGCACCCAGUUAUGGCUACCAGCGUGGGCUGGCAGGAGCCUCAGGGCUGCAGCCUGCACACCCUGGUCAGCUUCACCCAGCCCCCCCAACAGAGGGAACAGAGGACUGUGGGAAUCCAGGUGUACACACUGGAGCAGCCCACUGUGGUGGAGGUGGGCACGCUGAUGCGAGCGGAGAUCUGCAGCUCCCCCUCCCCUCAAGCAGCUGCUGGAGCCGUGGAGGGCCAACACAGAGGACAAGCUGAAGAGGCUCCAGUUGAGUUGCCGAUUGCCGUCAGCUCCAAGCAGGUGCGCGAUGUCCUGAAGAGCGAGCUCUCCACCUCGGUACCUGUAGCGAGUCCUGCCAUCGCUGUCAGCACGGCCGGGGAUCAGAUUGGUUUGAUGCAUUCAAAAGAAGAAGAGACACACCAGCAUACAUCCACAGAGGCUGCCGAGUCCCACGAGGACCCUCAGACAGCCUCAUCUCCCCAGUCUUCUCUGAGGUCUAUUAUGAAGCGCAAAGCAGAAGGUGAACCGGGAUCUCCCACCACGAAGAAGAACCUGCAGUUCAUUGGAGUCAAUGGAGGCUACGAGUCCACGUCCUCAGACGAUAGCAGCAGCGAGAGCUCAGAUGAGGCGAGUGACUCCAGCGAAUAUCAUGAAGCACGAGAAAAACUCACAGAGUCAGCGGCCCAGCACCAGCUAAUAACCAACAGCCAGGCUUCCCCGCCUUCAGAAAGCAACAGAGUACCUCAUCAGACUGCCGUCGUACUGCCAGCCAUCAUUCCAGACUCACAGCAGAGUCUCAAAGAUUCAGCAACAGCCGACAUAAAACUGCCGGUCAAACCCCCCCGGUCACCAGCGAUAAACACUACUCUAACGCCUCCAUGUCCACAGAAUGAUGCUGCCUCUAAAGACACUGUCAACCAAUCAUCAGACACACUCACCGUCACGCAGGAGAUCUCCUCCACAUCAUCAAGCACUGAAUCCACUCCCGAACAAAGCUCCUCAGUUACCUCUUCUUCAUCGCUGUGUGUCACUGAAACCACUGAGAUCACCCAACAGCAAUACACCGUCCAAUCAGAAACAACCGUCCUCUCCAGCCAAUCGGAGCCAACGCCAGCAGCGGAAAGCCACGUAAAAGACACUGCCACAGUACCUGCCAAGCAAGUCAGAUUGGAUCUGAGUGACAGCCUGAUGUCAGCUCUUCAUGCCCUGCAGAAAGCCCUGGGGGAGCCCAAUGCCUUCAGCCAACAAGGAGCAAGGGCGGCCUACACCAGCGUGCUGCAGGAGUGGCUGCGCGUGUCCUGUCACAAAGCGGCGGACACAGCUGUUGUCAAAGCCUAUAUGAACACCUUCGCUUCAGUCUCCCCUCAGCUGCUGGAGUUUGUAAUCAACAUGGCAGAUGGUAACGGGAAUACAGCGCUUCACUACACCGUCUCCCACUCCAACUUCCCCGUGGUGAAGCUGCUGCUGGAAACUGGCCUGUGUAAUGCUGACAAGCAGAACAAGGCGGGCUACACGGCCAUCAUGCUGACAGCCCUGGCCGCCUUCCACUCUGACAAUGACCUUCAAACCGUCCUGCAGCUCCUGCGCACGGGGGACGUCAACGCCAAGGCCAGCCAGGCCGGUCAGACGGCGCUGAUGCUGGCGGUCAGCCACGGUCGCGGGGACAUGGUGAGGGCGCUGCUGUCCUGCGGCGCUCAGGUCAACAUCCGUGAUGACGACGGCUCCACAGCGCUCAUGUGUGCCUGCGAACACGGUCACGUUGACAUUGUGCGUCAGCUACUGUCUAUUCAAGGCUGUGAUGCCACUCUCACUGACAAUGACGGCAGCACUGCUCUGUCCAUCGCCCUGGAGGCCAGUCAGAAUGACAUUGCUGUGCUCCUGUAUGCUCACCUCAACUUUGCAAAGCCACCUUCCCCUGUUUCACCAAGGUGUCCUCUCUUGGGUUCCUCUCCUCCUGCCGGAGAAGCAAAAUAAACCCUGCUCCAGCCAGUCCACAGUAACUACUCAUAUUACAGCGUGAUUUAUUUUCCUCAUCUGUGUUAUUCAGAGAAACAAUGAGUUUGUGUUUGUUUUCACCCUCCAUAAUUUAAAUACUUUAUAAUGUGCAGAUAAUUACAUGACAGCUUGCACCAUUGUUAUCCAUUUCUCUUUGUACACUGAGGUCUUUCGGGCUUUAAAACAAGUACAAUCUAAAAACGGAACAUCUAGCACAGGGCUAUUCAAUUGGCGGCCCGUGGGCCAAAUCCGGCCCCGGGGUGAUAUUUACUUGCCCUUUGAGUAUAAUGUUAAAAAGAAAUCUAUUCUAUAGAUCUUUUUUUUUUAAAGAUUUGUUUGAGUGCCUUUAUUCCAGAGAGGGUGUUAAAUUGAGAGAUAAAGGGGCAGACAUUGCCUGAAAACUUCGGCGGGCUCGGGUUUCGAACCCACCUACUAGCUACUGUAGUGACAACUCCUGUCAUUGAUUGCAUCUCUGCGUGAAUGAUUAGAUAAUUUCACCUAAAUUAAAUCAAAUUAAAUGAUGUUGAUGGUUAAAUUAGCUUCACAUGUAGGCCUACUGAGUUCUGAACUUGCCAUUUAGAUCUAUAAAGACCUUGGGGCUAUGUUGUUUGAUUUAAUUAAACACAAUAUAAGCACUCCACUAUUUCCUGUAUCUGAAGCUCUUAAUAUGAUUGCUCAUAUUUCAAGCCAUCUUUUUCCCAGCCCCUUGCUUUGGAUCAUUUUCAUCAACCGGCCCCCAUUCCAAACUAAUUGAAUAGCCCUGAUCUAGCAGCUUCAUGGACACUGUCAGCACUGUUUUUAGUCAAAGUCAAAGAUGUUCACUAAAUUGCAUCAUAUAUAAUUAUACACUUGUUGUUUUAAUUCAUAUCUCAUAUUAGUUGCUUUUAUAGAGUGAUGUGUUUUCAUUGUUAUGUGUACAAUAGCUCUUACACAGUAGCAUCAUUAUGUGUGUGACCAUCGAUCAUUUGGAAUAACAGAAGCCACUCCUCUCACGGAUAAGUGUCCUUGCUUAAAGUAGCUCGUUGAUGCUACAACAAUCUAUUACAGUGAACACCACUUCAACAGUUGACCAAUAUUUAUACACAGGAUUUAUUCACUCCAGAGUAUUUUUGAUAUUGAUUUUUUUUUUUAAAUGUUGACUUAAUUCAGGACCUUCAAGGAUCACCAUUUUUUAUUUCCACAGCAAUGGUUUACUUAAAACACCUUUUCAAACAAGACAUAAAACAACAGUUAAUGUGUCGACCACCCAGAUUAAACCCAAAGAUGUCUCUCUCUGUGUUGCUGUAUGUUGUGGUGAUAAAAUGAACACAGUGUGAAGGAAGGAAGAGGUAAAUAUUAUUCUCUAAAGGCUACGGUACUUUGGUCUUUGUGUUUUAAAGUGACGGUAUUUUGGAUGUUAGUAAGGAAGGGUUAGAGUGUAUCUGUGUGAUAUUCUGUGCUCAUAAGAGUAAACACAAUUAUAUUGAGAAAGGACUGAAAGCACUGGUGUAGUCACCUCCGCUCUGCAUGGUUAGAUUUUUCAGGGAACCAGAAAGUGACUGAUUGGGGUCUUUAAAGGAAGUGCCGUGUAAGAUGUGAAUAUCAAAAUAAUAUAUGUUGAUAUAGAGUGGUAGUUAUUAUGCCUAAAAUCAAAUUCCUUGAGUUAGAGUACAUAGGCUAUUGAUGUCAAAUUUCUAUUACUUUUUAAAGACUUUUUUCACAAUUUUCAUAUUCACUUUCAAGCAAUUGAACUUUUAUAAACUUCAAUUUUUUUUAUUUAAGUAUCUAUCUUUUUUAUACUUUUAGAAUUUUUAAGCUCACACCUAUUUUAUGUAAUCGCACAGCUCUUUAGUUUAUGUUUUUAUGAAGGUUUAUGUCAAAUGUUAGACUGUUACUCCACUUCUAAUUUGUGCUUUUUGGAAAAACAAUGAAUUAAUAAAUGUGGACCACACUG